AAGUUUUAGUGCUGUACACAGAACUGUCAAAAAAAGAGUGGUGCUCUGCUAAGGUCAGGCGCUGCAGAGAUAAAAAUGAGCAGGAUGUCUCAGCCAGAAAGCAGAGCGUUGGUAUUGAGUGCGCUGGUUGGGGCGGCUGGGAUCAGUUUGGCCCUGGUGUGGUAUAGUAAGACCCGGAAAUCCAGGGGGCCCAAGACUUUAACCGAUUGUUAUCUCAGCAAUCACGAGAGACACUCGCAGCUCAGUGCGGAUGACUGGAGUGAGGGAGCAGUGCUUCUUUUCCAGGAGAAGCAGGCUGAGAUGCUGGAGAAGCUGACCACCCUGAUCUUGUGUGUGUCUGAGCUGAAAGACGAGGUGAAGAGCCUGCAGGAAGGCAUCCCUAAGUUGCAGGAGCAGGUGAGGGAAGGGCUGCGGGGCAAGCUUGAGUCACACAAGAUAAGUCCCCUGCACAGAGCAACACGCAGGAAAAGAACAGUGAUACCCAGAGAGGAGCAUCUGAGCUCGGAGGAGGCUGAAAGUGAAGGCGGCUAUGUCACUGCUCACACGGACACAGAAGAGGAAUCCGAUGAAGGAAACAAAGAUCCUACUGUGAACUUUCCAGCAAAAGACUUGGUAGAGGAGAAGGAUGAAUUUAUGCUCCUUAUGCAAAAGAUUGACAGUUUACACAGAGGUCCAGAAUCUGAGAAGAAGGAAGGAUUUAUGAUGCUUCUAGAGAAGAAAGAUCAGUAUGGGCAAGAGGUUCCAUUUCUGUGGCGAUUGGCACGGGCAUAUGGGGACAUGUUUGACUUGACUUCAGACAUUGAGGACAAGAAGAGCUAUACAGAGGCUGGCAAGAAGUUUGCUGAGGAAGCCAUUACUUUGGACCCCAUGAGUGCAGAUAGCCACCAGUGGUUUGCCAUUAUGUGUGGCUACAUGUCUGAGUAUGAGAGUGUGCAGAACAGAAUCAAGAAUGGCUAUCUCUUUAAGGAUCAUCUAGACAAAGCAAUUGAGCUCAAUCCUCAGGAUCCCCUGUCUUACUACCUCCUGGGAAGAUGGUGCUAUGCAGUCUCUCAGCUAUCUUGGAUUGAAAGGAAAGUAGCUGCUACUCUUUUUGGAAACCCACCAACUGCAACAAUACAGGAUGCACUUCAUUAUUUCCACAAGGUAGAAGAAAUCCACCCCUGCUAUUCCAAAUUCAAUUAUGUUUUUUUAGCAAAGUGUUACAAAGAUAUAGGACAAAGAGUCCAUGCACUGAAGUGGUGUGAUGCUGCAUCUGCUAUGGCAGUAGCUUCUAAUGAGGAUAAAGAAGCCCAGAAGGAACUUGUUUCUGUUCUGUCUUCCCUUGGUGUGUGAACACAGGCAUACGUUCCCUAGGGCAGAGCAGCACUGUCAGACUGGAGAUGGAGUGACGUUUCGAGUCAGGAUAUGUGUCAUUUAUUCCAAGUCUUGUGUGGUGUAGUCUCUUAGAGUUAUUAAAUCAGUGGUGGUUUUUUGUUUUGUUUUGUUUUUUAACAUAUGUUGUAUUCAUAAUGGAACUUUUUUUGGACUGCAUCCUGAGGUACCUUCAGCAGCACAGAAAUUCACUGGUUUUAAUACAUUCCAGGAUCAACGUUUAAACAAGGUUAUAUAUUUAUUUUGCUGCAUUUAAACACCUUGGUGCAGCAUGUUGUAAACCAAAUAUGCAACAAGUGAAAUAUCUGAUUGGCUUCUAAGUUGUUCAAACCGCACCUCAGGCCUUCAUCUGCAGUCUACUUUGAUCCCAAGCCAAGGUGAAGUCACUGUAAUUUUCUCGACAUUGGAUGACACGCACUCUGGCACAGCCAGUUAGGUGGUUUCAGCAACACUUCAUAAAAAAAAGAGUAAAAAACACCCUUAAAAGAUAGUAUCGCUCUUACCUGGCAAAACAAAAUACCACUAUUUCCUAAAAAGUGCGUGCUAAGAAAAGUAGCACACACCCAAGACUCCCCUUCUUCGAAA